CCUAAGCGGAUUUAAGGAGUAACUCUGUUGACUGCCUGUAAUAAUAAGUUGUUUGUCCGCUGUGAAAAUGUCAAAUGACAAAAGUAAUGGAUACAAUGCGAGUUCCUACUUAGAGUCGCAAAACUGACGAUUUAUGAUAAAUUGAAAAAGUGAAAAAGGACAGUAUGGGGUGCUUGUUUGGAAAACCCAAAACGGACAUCUGGAAUGACGAAGUUCAAGGUUUUGAUAAUCUCGCCAUCGACGAGAAAGAGGUGUCUGGUCGAACAUCGCAGACGUUCGACAUUAAAAAGGCGGCAAAUCGACGUCGAAGGUAUUCCAGCGAAAAUAGCGGGAUCUGGAUGAAUCUGGACAAGCACAUAUACUUGGGACGUGAUACAAGAGGGACCCAGACAAAAGUGGACACAAUUUCUCAGAUGGUUCAGACGGAGCAAGUAUGGAGGAUGUACGAUGACAGAGCGACACAAACAAUAGAAGACGGCGAUGUCAACGAGUCCAUAAAACAGGAAUCAGGUGUUUGUGAACAUGCAUGGCUAAACGCUACGUGUGAAAUUCAGACAACAGAAAUUGAAAUUCAAAAUGAAAAAGAAUGUGAAAUUCAGAAUAGGACUGAAAGUCAAGUUCAGAAUGGAAACGAUCUCUUAGUGACUGGAUGUGGUAGUUCAGAAGAAAAUACGACUAAAGAAGAAAAUAAUUUAACCCAAACGGGACAAGAUACUAGUCCCUCACACAAGAGCAAGGUUAUAGCAAAAGAAUGUAAUGGAAAUGUCAUGGAAGAUUCGCAACAAACCAGUGAAAACCAUAUAACUGAGCAGAACGAGGCGAACAUUGUAGCGAAUGAGAAUUCAUACAUGUAGUACAAAAUUCAUUUCAGGGAAAAUUAUAUUUAUUGACAUGGUUUACAUAUGUUUAAACAUCAAUUAUAAUACAAAAUAUUGCAUAUGAAUACAAAA